AUCUCGCGGGGUUUCGAGAAGCCCCUCCCCUCCCACGUCGGUCCCCGCCCCCUUCUUCUCCUCCUCACCUCAGCUUCCCUCCCCUUCCCCCGCCGGAACAUCUCCUGAGGGGACUAAUAUGGUCGCCAGCGAUGGAGCCGGCCAGGCCAGACUGCCCGUUCCAGCACUUAAUUGAGCUUUUGGAAGACAGUCCGGGAAAGAAGUUCUACAACAUUGCUAAACUCGGAGGCCCCAAAUAUGAUACCCUGCCUUACUCUAUACGGGUACUCUUGGAAGCCUCCGUUCGUAACUGGGACGGCUUCCUAGUGAAAGAAGAAGAUGUGAUGAAUAUCUUGGACUGGAAAGCAAAACAGAACAAUGUUGAAGUGCCCUUCUGUCCUGCCAGAGUGCUCCUCCAAGACUUUACUGGGAUUCCUGCGAUGGUGGAUUUUGCUGCGAUGAGGGAAGCUGUGAAAAAUCUUGGAGGAGAUCCCUCCAGAGUUCAUCCUGCCUGCCCGACAGAUCUCACCGUGGACCAUUCUUUGCAGAUUGACUUCAGUAAAUGUGCAAUACAGAAUACUCCCAAUCCCGGAGGUGGGGAUCCGCAAAGGCCCCCGGCAAAACUCUCUCCCCUUAAAGCACCGCGGAAGCUUCCAUGCAGAGGCCAGGCCAGCUGCAGAGGACCCUGCGACGGCGAGUCGAGCCGUAACUCGGGACCGCUUUCGGUGCAGAUCGAGAACACGCCUCUGCUGUGUCCUUUUCAUCUUCAGCCAGUGCCUGAGCCUGAAACUGUGUUAAAAAACCAGGAGGUGGAGUUUGGUAGAAAUAAAGAGAGACUCCAGUUUUUCAAGUGGUGCUCCAAAAUGAUUGAGAACGUCUCAGUAAUUCCUCCUGGGACAGGAAUGGCCCACCAGGUGAACCUGGAGUAUUUGUCCAGGGUGGUGUUUGAUGUGAAAGAUUUCCUCUAUCCCGACUCCGUGGUUGGCACCGAUUCCCACACAACAAUGGUAAAUGGUCUGGGAAUCUUGGGAUGGGGUGCUGGUGGAAUCGAAACAGAAGCGGUCAUGUUGGGAAUGCCAGUCACCCUGACCUUACCCGAGGUGGUUGGGUGUGAACUGACUGGCACGGCCAGCCCACUCGCCACAUCAAUAGACAUCGUCCUGAGCAUCACCAAGCAACUAAGGCAAGCGGGAGUGUCUGGAAAAUUCGUGGAGUUCUUUGGGCCCGGCGUUUCCCAGCUCUCUGUAGUUGACCGAACCACAAUAGCAAAUAUGUGUCCAGAGUAUGGUGCCGUUUUGAGCUUUUUCCCAAUAGACAAUGUGACCCUCAAGCAUUUAAAACAUAAAGGCUUCGACGAGGCUAAGCUGAAGUCCAUGGAAACAUAUCUUAAAACUGUGAAACUAUUUAGGAAUUAUCAGCUUUCCACAGGAGAACCUGAAUAUUCCCAGACUGUACACAUAAACCUGGGUUCCAUAAUGCCAUGCGUCAGUGGCCCCAAAAGGGCGCAGGACAGAGUGGCCGUUACGGAUAUGAAAAGCGAUUUCCAGGCAUGCUUGAAUGAGAAGGUUGGUUUUAAAGGCUUUCAGAUCUCCCCCGAGAAGCAAAGCGACGUGGUUCCAGUUGAGUUUGAAGGGAACGAGUACAAGCUGGCUCACGGGUCGGUUGUCAUUGCGGCGGUGAUCAGCUGCACAAACAACUGCAACCCCUCCGUGAUGCUAGGAGCAGGAUUGUUGGCCAAAAAAGCCGUCGAAGCUGGACUGACGGUUAAACCUUAUAUAAGAACGAGUUUGUCACCCGGCAGUGGAACGGUUACGCAUUAUCUCAGUUCCAGUGGAGUGCUGCCAUACCUCAAGAAACUUGGAUUUGAUGUUAUUGGCUAUGGAUGCUCAACAUGCGUUGGGAAUACCACUCCUUUGCCAGAAUCCAUUCAGAAUGCGAUAAUGCAGGGCGACUUAGUCGCUUGUGGAGUUUUGUCAGGAAACAAAAACUUCGAAGGCCGCCUCUGCAGCUGCAUCCGUGCCAACUACCUUGCUUCUCCGCCUUUGGUUGUUGCUUAUGCUAUAGCAGGGACUGUGAAUAUUGAUUUCCAGACUGAGCCAUUAGGAGUUGAUCCUGCCGGCAAAAGCAUCUUCUUGCACGAUAUUUGGCCCAGUAGAGAAGAGCUUCAACAAGUAGAAGAAGAAUUAGUGAUAUCGUCCAUGUUUAAGGAGCUGAAGGAGAAAAUGGAGAAAGGAAAUAAGCGAUGGGAUUCUCUAGAAGUGCUGGAGUCAGUUUUAUUUACAUGGGAUUGGAAGUCAACAUACAUUAGAUGCCCUUCCUUUUUUGAUAAGCUUGCCAAAGAACCACUUCCCGUUCAGUCCAUCGAAAACGCGCACGUCUUGCUGCAUUUGGGAGAUUCCGUCACAACCGAUCACAUCUCGCCCGCCGGGAGCAUCGCGAGAGGGAGCGCCGCAGCCAGAUACCUGCUGAGCAAAGGCCUCACCCCCCGCGAGUUCAAUUCUUACGGCGCCCGUCGAGGGAACGACGCCGUCAUGACGAGAGGCACCUUUGCGAACAUCAAGCUGUUCAACAGAUUCAUCGGGAAGCCGGCUCCUAAAACGAUUCACUUCCCAACAGGAAAGACGAUGGAUGUAUUUGACGCAGCAGAGGCAUACCAGAAAGAGAACGUCCCUUUGAUUAUCUUGGCGGGUGCAAAGUACGGUCAAGGGAACUCCAGAGACUGGGCUGCCAAAGGACCUUUCCUACUGGGCGUGGUAGCAGUUAUCGCCGAAAGCUAUGAGAAGAUCCACAAAGGGCACUUGAUCGGGAUUGGCAUCGCUCCGCUUCAGUUCCUCCCGGGGGAAAGCGCCAGUUCUUUGGGCCUGACUGGCAAAGAGCAGUUCUCUAUCUCCUUUCCUCAAAAGCUGUCUCCUGGGAUGACCCUAGACGUAAAGACAAAUACCGGGAAACUGUUCCGCGUGAUUGCCUCUUUCGACAACGAUGUGGAAAUAACAUUGUACAGACAUGGCGGCAUUCUCAACUAUACAGUCCGAAGGCUCUUGUAGAGCCCAGCUUGGCAACCUCGGGGGAGGGCCGACCCACUGACUCCUGGCGCGUCCCCCCGCCUGCCGCCGACUGUGCUCCCACCGUGCUCGGAUACGUCAUCCUGGAUGUAAAAGAUUGUGAAUCGUCGUAGGGACUGCAGCGAGAUCCUUCCUGUUUUUUUUUUAAACAAAAUUUAAAUGAUACUCAAAUGGUGCUAUUGAGAUUGCUAAAAAAAAAAAUUGACGUGCGUGUUGUGGAAGAGAGCUGUAAGUAUGGGGGGAGGGAGGGGGGUUGGCUCCGGCCGCUCUGUAAAUAAUCUGCGUAAAACCUGAAACUGAAUUGUGAUGAAGAUUUUAAGCCGGAAGAUUUUCUGAUGUUAGCUGCUGCUGCUGCUUCUUUUUUUCCCCUUUCUCCUUUCCCAGUUCUUGCACCUUUUAAAAUUUUCUCGUCGCUGUUUGUUGGUUUGAGGGGCAGCAUAUGGUUUGAAAAAUGAAGGCCCCCUCAGAUUUCCCAAAUUCAGAGCGGAGGCUCGGGGCCCAGCCUACCAACCAUAGGCCCGGAAAGUCGAAAGGAGCCAGAAACAAGGUCCAAAGACUUCUGUGUCCUCUGAUGCCUUUAACCCAUUUCAGAAAAAUUAAUAUUUACAGACAACAAAAGGCGAUGCCAUUCUCAAGCAAAACCAGGUGAAUUUUUGGCAGGCCACUGUGAAGUAGGUCUUAAUUUAGGCCUUUGCUUCACACACACCAACCCACUCUGCAAAAUUAGCAGCAGUCUCCCUCCCACGAUUUGCCUUUAGGAGCCAGAGACAUGCGGUUGUAACAAGGCCUAUCCUUUGCAACCCGUCACAGAGGACGUGCGCGGCAACCUCCACUUUCCACACUCUCUUUUUUAAAUCUAGCCCACCUUUCCAGUUUUUUCCCUUUCUGCUUUAGCGUGUGACUGAAAACGCUGGUGCUGCGCUUGGCCCAGGGAAGAUUGUAAAAAAAAAAAUCCAACCCUUUUUGAAAUAACCGAGACGUCUUUUGUGGCCUUCUGUCGUUCCUAUUUUAAUUAGAUGGGAGAGCCCCUCUUACGACUUCCUGUUAUAACCACGCCAUCUGUCCUGUUGUUUGUACUGGUAUCAGGCUUGCUCUAGGAACCCAGAUCAUCAAUUUGUAUUCGGAAAGGGCGUGAACGGUGUCUCAGCCAGAAAGGCAGAAGAUGUGGCUUUUUCAAUUAAUUAAUCCUGUUGGGAGUUCCCCCCCCCCCCUUUAAAGCAUUCCGUAUCUUUUGAAAACAGACGUAUGUUCAAUUUGGUUGAUAAGCAGUUUAAUAGCAAGAAGGUAACCCGCAAUUUGAGCGCCACCUCAAAGAGCAGACGCUAACACCGGUCUCUGCAUUACUCAGUGGGGUUCUCCGCCCCCAGAAAUCACUCUUGGUAAUUUUAGUUCCGCAAACCGAAGCAGUUUUUGUGCAUAUGUCUUUUUAAAAAUUUUUAUGCCAUACAAUGUGUGCUACUUGUGAAUGUUAAUACAUCACAAAAAUAUUCGCUGAUUUUAUGAAAGAACCUCUUAUUUGGAUAAAUAUUAGCCUCUGAAAAUUUAGUCAGAUGGCUUUGGAAGUAUCAUGUCAGAAAUAUGAAACUUUUGUUUUGAAACGAAUCCCUCUUCUUGGGUAAGCCUUCCGAAACCUGGGUCGCUUUUCAGGCAAAAAGAGCACCAUGAAAUAUAUAAAGAGAUUGUGGUUUUGUGCGUGGGUAAUUUAGGUGGGGAGGAGUCUUCUGUACCUGUUUCAGAAUUCAGCAUUUUCACCAUAUCAGCUGCGCUGUCGUGUUUUUAAUCAAAAGCCAAAUACUUCCUUUCAGUUUUCCUGUCGAUACACUGACAUUUCUAAACAUGCCUCUUAACUUCCAUAAUUGGCAUCCGAAUGAAUUUAAUAUUUGAAGAAUACAGUUGCAUCCUGGCAAACAGCAGUCAUUAUUGAGGAGACAGUAAUUCAUGGGCUGUCCUGCGUUAUCAUUCUCCCUGCUUGUGCGUUCCUGUCGCUUUGGGAGGGGAGUGGGCUCCAUUACACACUCAUCCAACAUAAAGACCUGCAAGUUUAAAUCCGCAGGAAAAUAAGUAGGACAUAAAACAGUGUAAUAUAAAAUCGACCAAUAGAGAAAGCAAAGACAUGCAGAACAGGGAAGAAACCUCUCCCCCCCCCCCCCCGCAAGCAACAGGAACACACAAGCAAGAGAAAUUAGGAUGCAGAAAAGCCCUGUAACGGAAUGGUACCCAAAUGCAUCCUUUCCAGCCUGAUAGAAUCUUCUCUUCGUGCUGACUAUAGAUCCUAAUUUCCAAAGCAGACAACAAAGCUAUGAGGAUCGUCCCAAUGUGACUUCAUCUAAGCGCACAGCGUUUCCUAGUCCUAAACCCAUACCUGCAGAGCCCUGCGAGUCUUCCUUGGAAAAGGUGUAUUGAAAUGGCACAUUUGGAGUUAUCACACAAGCUUCCACACUUAACGUCUUUGGGAGCGAGACCGGCACUGACAGUAUUAUGGAUUUAAAUGCCAUCUAGAAGCUAAACACGCGUGCCCGCACACAGAUGCUGGGGCACUCGGUUUCUAUAGACCGCCCCAGUUUCAUUUGCAAAGUGAGCUCUCCAUGCUGUGUCCUUAAGUCAGCGGCAACCUGAAAGUACACAGUUUACCCUUCCUGGCUUUGCGGGACUGCAACAACUUCAAGGUGUCUUUAGUGAUAUUUUCCCUCCCUUUUUGGUUCACCCUACAAGUUAGAUUAAUGCAAAGACAUUUUGAGACUCCCUGCGUUAAACUGCCAGGCGGUAGAGAAACCCUUCUGAAGUUGUUAGGCUGUUUUCCAACUUGGGAGCAGACUGGGAUUACUUCCGGGUUAUGCUUUUAAAGCGUGCCACUCCCCACGAACUUGGGAGGAGUUACUUCAGAGUAAAUGUACGUAGGGUGGGAGCUGUGUGUCUCGGAUUGCAGUGUCCACAGCUCACUUGUCGUGGAUAAGUUUAUAAGGAAUUCUGCCCUCCCACUUGCUUGAUCGAGCCAAAAUGAAUUUUAGUCUUGGGACACAGAGAGACUGUGCUUUUCCGAUCUUUCCCCCCCACCCCCCGGUGUGCAAAUCAGCUCUUCACGUGAUCCUAUUGGUUUGGGAAUUUUCUCCAUCUCUUAGCCCAACAGUACUGUGUACUUUACACAGAAUGUUUGAGGAGAUUAAAUUAAGUGUAAAAACCUCCGAGGGUUUUUACCGAGGGUUUCCGAUGCCAGCGGGAAGUGUUUUUUUGUCCCCUGAGCUUUCUCUCCAGUUUCGUUUGGAAGGGGGAGGGAAGCUUGUAUUCUUGGCCCCCACCACCAAAUCCAGGACGGUGUUCUAUAAACCUUUCGAAAGCGAGAAACAAACGCAUAUCGUUCCUCGCAUCUAAGCAACUGCAAGCGUAAGGUCUGCUCUUUCAAGCCAACAAACCAGUAUCAUAGUUUUUAAGUUCACUAAUAAGUAUUGUAUAGAAAUCUUAAAAAGGACAGAAGUUUGAUUUGCUGACAACUGUGCAUAAAAUGUUAAACUGGUGUAAAUUAUUUUUUAAUAAAGAAAGUUGUACCAUGUG